UUCUUUCUGCCCUUAAACUGGCAAAUGAAAACGAAAACGUUCCAUGUGUUCUUCUCAUAAAAUCGGGAGCCCGUGUUUUAUAUACUGUUGGCGAUGUAGUGCGCUUGCUCACUUUUAUCCCUGCCAUUCCAAACAAGUCUUUUCUCGAACAGGAGUCCCUGAAGAUGAUCCUCUUUCGAAAAUUCCGCGUCUUGAUUCUGAUGGUGUUUCUUAUAGCCUGCUCUAUGCACAUUAUGAUAGACUUGUUACCGAAGCUGGAGAGACGGAGCAGUAGCGCGUGCUCGUGCUCACAAACACCCAGCGAAGAGCCGCAGAACUGGGCUAAGCAUCGAGCCAAGCCGGGAUCAGAGUCCGGCUGGCCUAAUAAACACACACUCAGAAUACUUCAAGACUUCAGCAACGAGCCGAACUCAAACCUGUCCUCUCACUCGCUGGAAAAGAUCACCGUUGGGGAGAAAUCUGAGGCUCUGAAAAGAUUUGAGCAGUUGACAGGUGACGAGAAGAGGCACGCGACACGGGACUCUACCUUCAAGAACGCAGUUGUCAAGGGUUCGAGGCUCUCUGCGCUAUUUGAGCAUCCUUUAUACACCAGGCCAUUGCCUCCUUUAACAGACGAAGACACUUUGUUCAAUGUCAACACUGAUAUAAGAUUUGACCCUAAAGCUGCAGAGAACCCAGAGUGGAAUGGGGAAGGUAAAGAUGGGAAUUAUGCUCCUACGGGGGAGAUGUCCUCAGAUUCCUACCCAAACUGGCUCCGCUUCCACAUUGGGAUCAACCGGUAUGAGCUUUACUCCAGACACAACCCGGUCAUUGAUGCAAUGCUGAAGGAUCUGGUGUCACAGAGAAUUACCAGUGUUGCAAUGAAAUCUGGAGGUACGCAGCUGAAGCUCAUCAUGACAUUCCAGAACUAUGGCCAGGCGCUCUUCAAGCCCAUGAAGCAGACACGGGAGCAGGAGACACCCCCAGACUUCUUCUACUUCUCCGAUUUCGAGAGGCACAACGCUGAGAUCGCAGCAUAUCAUCUAGACAGGAUCCUGGAUUUCCGUCGAGUGCCGCCAGUGGCUGGACGACUGGUGAAUAUGACCAAAGAGAUACGAGAUGUGACCCGUGACAAAAAACUGUGGAGAACCUUUUUCAUUUCACCAGCCAAUAACAUCUGUUUCUAUGGUGAAUGUUCGUACUACUGCUCCACUGAGCAUGCUCUGUGUGGGAAGCCUGACCAGAUCGAGGGCUCAUUAGCAGCAUUUCUGCCCGACCUGGCCUUGGCCAAGCGCAGGACCUGGAGAAACCCCUGGAGACGGUCCUAUCACAAACGCAAGAAAGCAGAGUGGGAGGUGGAUCCUGAUUACUGUGAAGAGGUGAAGCAGACGCCGCCCUAUGACAGCGGCACACGCCUGCUGGACAUCAUGGACAUGACCAUUUUUGAUUUCCUCAUGGGAAAUAUGGAUCGUCAUCAUUAUGAGACAUUUGAAAAAUUUGGAAAUGAAACUUUCAUUAUUCACCUUGAUAAUGGAAGAGGCUUUGGUAAACAUUCUCAUGAUGAGCUCUCCAUACUGGUGCCUUUGAGUCAGUGCUGCAGGGUGAAGAAGUCCACUCAUUUACGGCUUCAGCUGUUGGCUAAGGAGGAGUUCAGACUGAGUGCUCUGAUGGAGGAAAGUCUGCAGACUGACACGCUGUCACCCAUCCUUAUUAGACCUCAUCUGGAGGCCAUGGACCGCCGGCUGCGCCUGGUGCUCCAGGUACUGGCUGACUGCAUUGAGAAGGAGGGCUACAGUAACGUAGUAGAGGAUGACAUGGUCGCAGAGGGCAUGAACACGGGCACAGUCCCACAAAGGUAGUGGGCACAGACUGAUCAGGCGCCCCCAGCGGGUCCUUUGAAGUCCCACCACAGCUCUAUAGACCAUGAACGUCUUGCAAGAGAUGCUCUUGUUGAUAAACUUUUCUGAAUUCAGUGAAUUCUAAAGACUCAUUCCUCAACUAAUGGACCGUGUGUUAAAUAAAGACACACAGUAGACAGAGAAAGCGACGGUGUUCUGCAGUCCUGAAUCCAAAAUGUAAGCUGAUCUUCACAUGUAACAACCAGUGUUAUAAAGCAGGGGUUCUCAUCUGGUGCAUUGUCACCUUAAAACAGAGUCACAGGCUUGUCUGAUGUAGACAGCAAAGAAAAAACAACACAUG